GUGAGUCGUCAGACCUCAGAGACCUCCAGCUUGGCCAGUCUCCACCAGCGUCUGCUGAGCUAUGAGCCAUACCAUUGAUGUACAGGGUGGAAAAGCUUUUGGGCUGCUGAAGGCCCAGCAGGAGGAGAGACUAAAUGAAAUCAACAAGCAAUUUCUGGAUGAUCCCAAAUACAGCAGUGAUGAGGAUCUGCCUUCCAAACUGGAAGCCUUCAAGAAGAAAUACAUGGAAUUUGACCUCGAUGGAAAUGGAGAUAUCGAUAUCAUGUCUCUGAAGCAAAUGCUGGAGAAACUUGGGGUGCCCAAGACCCACCUGGAGCUAAAGAAAUUAAUCAGAGAGGUAUCCAGUGGCUCUGGAGAUACUUUCAGCUACUUUGACUUUCUCAGGAUGAUGUUGGGCAAGAGAUCAGCCAUCCUAAAAAUGAUCUUGAUGUAUGAAGAGAAAUCAAGAGAACAGGAGAAGCCAACAGGUCUGCCAGCCAAGAAAGCUAUCUCUGAGUUACCCUGAUUGGUCAGGAGGAGAUGUAGUAGGAGUGAAGGGGCUUCUAAUGAUCCCAGCAUGGAAAAAGAAGAAAAUAUUGUGAACCAGAGACAAACUAAAUUAA